AUGCGCCGCCGCGUAAAGUUCGUCUUGGUACUUACUGCUAUUGCUCUGGCUACAAAUGUGAUUGCUUCGGUUACGCCAGUACCAUCUCCUCAGCCUUCUGAGAGGGAUGCAACUGAUUUUGAGGCGAAGAAGUCGGUGAAACCAGAGAACAUGAAUGAUGGUGCUGUCCAGGAUUUUAAUGUCGAAGAGAGAACUGCUUUACACGGCAUCGAAGACGUCGAAAUGCUUGGUCAUAGUACUGAAUCGUUUGGCAACAAGAUGUUACAUGUAUUGAAACGAAUUAUUGGGUACCAACCUCCAGCGAGUGCAUCAAAGA